AUGAAUCCCAGCACCGUCGAGGAGCUCGCCGAUGCCCUGAAGCAGUGCGCCAGCGCAAGGGAUCUCUCCCGCGGCAGGAAUUUACACUCUUUCAUUGCCAGCAGCGCGCUCCACAGCCGCGAUAAAUUCCUCCACAAUCUCCUCAUCCGGAUGUAUGGCAAGUGCGGCAGCAUCGACAGCGCGCGGAGGGUCUUCGAUGCCAUCCCGGAUCGAAAUCGCUACUCGUGGAAUCUCAUGCUCCAGGCCUACGUGCACAAUGGGCGGAUCGAUUGCGCGAGGCAGCUCUUCCAUGAGAUGGAAUCCAAUCGCCGCGCCGAUGUAGUCUCAUGGACCGUGAUGGUCACGGCCUACGCACAGAUCGGCAUUCUCAACCAGGCGAAGCAUCUGUUCGAUCGAAUGCCGGAGAAGAACCUCGUCUCGUGGAAUUCCAUGAUCACCGCAUAUGCCGCGAACGGGCAACUUGAUCUAGCGAGGAAAAUGUUUGCCGAUAUGGAAGAUCGAGGGAUUGCGAGAGGAGUUGUGACAUGGAAUACAAUGAUCCAAGCCUACAUUGAGGUUGGAAGAUUUGACGAAUCAAGGAAUCUUUUUCAUUCCAUGCCAGAUCGUAACGUAGUGUCGUGGACGUGCAUGAUUCCGGUAUAUGCCCAGCUUGGGGAAAUGGAGAAGUGUGAAGAUCUCUUCACAUCCAUGCCGGAACGCAACGUGGUGACGUGGACGGCUAUGAUACAGGCGUACACACACAACGGAAACAUAUGGAACGCGGCGAGAAUAUUCAACACGAUGCCGGAGUGGAAUCUGGUAUCAUGGAACUCUAUGCUUCAAGCAUAUGCCGAGGAAGGGCAUCUGGAGGAAUCGAAGAGGAUUUUUAGCGCUCUUCCCCAGCGUGAUAUCGUCUCCUGGAAUGUCAUGAUCACGGCGCGCUCACACGAAUCGCCAGAGGCUGCCAAUGCGAUCUUCGUUGCGAUGCCGCUCAGGGAUCUCGUGUCCUGGAACUCGAUGCUCACGGCGUACGCCCAGUCGGGGCACCAUCUCUGCGAGGCGAAGAUCACAUUCGACGCCAUGCCCGAGAGGGAUUCCAUCUCCUGGAGCAGCAUUCUCUCCAGUGUCGCCGAGAAGGGGGAGAUCGAGGCCGCCAAGGCGCUGUUUGAUGCGGCGAGCGCGAGCGCGGGAGGGAUUGAUAGCAGCGCCCUCAUCGCCGCCUAUGGCGACCUCGGCUACCUCCGCCAGGCCAGGGCCCUCUUCGAUCGAUCGACCAGAAGGAGCAUCGUGACCUGGAACGCGAUGAUCCAGGGGUGCGCGGCAAAUGGGCAGCUGGAGGAGGCGCAGCAGCUCUUCGAUCGGAUGCCACAGAGGAACAUCGUGUCGUGGACGGUGAUGGUGGCGGCGCACUCCGCCGCCGGAGAUCUCCACCGGGCAACGCACCUCUUCCAGGCCAUGCCCGCGAGGAACGCCGUGUCGUGGACGACGAUACUCCAGGCCUAUGCCCAACACGGGCAUCUCGACGAGGCGAAGAAGAUCUACCACAACCUCCCGCGAUUCGACGCCGUCGCGGGCAACACGAUGAUCGCCGCAUUGCUGGAGCGCGGCGAGAUCGCCCAGGCUCGUGUGAUCUUCGAUGGAUUGCAAGAACGCAACGCCGGAUCGUGGAAUGCGCUGAUCACAGGCCUUGCGGAGAAUGGCGAGCUGGAACCCGCGCGAGUGCUGCUCGAAUUCUCGGUGCCAUGGGUGGAGCUCAAGCCCUGGACGGCUCUCAUCGCCGCCUACGCCCACCGCGGCCACUUCGAAGAGGCCCACGCCAUUUUCGCGCACCGGCUGCCCGAGCACGACUCCAUCCUCGCCAGCCUCAUGGUGACGCUCUAUGCCCAACACGGGCAUAUCCCCCAGUCAAAGGCAUCGUUUGACGGCAUAUCCCACCGUACUACCGUGUCGUGGAACGCCCUCGUGGCGGCGUACGGAGCAAGCGGCCUGUUGCGCGACGCAAGCCGGGUCUUCGACAGAAUGCCCGAGAGGAAUAUUGUCCACUCGGGUCUUCUCGAGAGGGGGUGGCGGUACUUCCAGAUGAUGGGCGACUACGGGAUUGAUCCAAUCCGCGACCAUUACCACUGUAUGAUUGAUCUGCUGAGCAGGGCCGGGGAUCUGGAGAUGGCCAGGGAGCUCAUACGAACGAUGCCGUUUGAGUGUGAUGCCUUGGCGUGGAAGACACUCUUGGGCGGGUGUAAAGUCCAGGAUGACGCUGGAAGAGGGGAGGAUGCCGCGAGAUCCGCUUUAGGGGCCUGUCCCCAGGAAUCAUCCAACUAUGUGCUCCUGGCAGAGAUCUAUUCAUCUAAAAGUAGCUCCUGA